CCUAUCUUCAUACUUGCUCAGCACUUACUGGUAAUACUUAAUUUCUAUUGAAGUUGGUGCUUGUCUCUUGCUUGUCAAACAUAUCAACCCACCCCACCUGUAUACAUAUAUACUUCGUGGUCGCCAGGCGCAAGGACUCAAUUAAAACCCGAUCUGAUCAAACCUAAUUCAUCCGAUCUACUUUCUACUCCCACCAUCAUGCAGCUCACCACCUUGUUCGGUCUUGCUCUCUCCACCCUGAGCCUUACCUCUGCCUCGCCUAUCUCCUAUCCCAGUCGCCGUGACAGCGCGGCGUUGACCUGGCACGUUUCCAACUUCACCACCGGCUGCUCGCCGGGAGGCUGCGUCUACAACUUCAACAUCCUCGGUGUGGCAACCAAGAACACGCCUGGCUUCAAUACUACCUGCUCUGGUACGACCACGGAUAGCAGCUCCGACGACCUCGUCUCCUGCCAGAACCCUUUGAUCAAGUCCCGCGUCAAAGCCGAGCCGUAUCCGCUGUGGAAUGUCCGGGCUGAACAUGAAUGGAUCCUCCCUGGCGAUGCCGAGUUCUUUGCUUUCGGAGAGACUAAUGUCACCUCCUCGACACCGCGGUUUACAAUCCCCGUUACCGAGGAGUAUGGAGUCGCCUAAAGAAGUAGGAGAUGAGCCAAUCUCCCCGCCCUGCCUGGUGUUUGCUGAAGAUGAUAUUACCCUCCGGAGGGUAAUUCGACGGAGGUGUGGGAUACGAACUGUUUUUGUAUCAUAUGAUUAUCAUGUCUAUUUUUUUCUUUUUCUUUGUUGUGUAUUGUUGAUAGUUAUGGGAUAGGGGUUGUUUACCUAAUAAUGUCUGGUUACAUGAUGGGCAAAAAGUGGCUAAUGCAGGACACAAUUUUAUGACCAACCGAAUGAAAAAGCAU